UACAUACUCAACCCUUAGAGAAUUCCCAAACAAACAAAUGUCAAAUUCAUUUUUACUAUUUUAAUUUUUUGUAUAGAAAGUGUUGAAGAAAGUUUUUUUUUAUUUUUUAUAAGUGUGUGUAAAUAAUAUAACAAAAAUGGGUAAACGUCAGCAUCAAAAGGAUAAAAUGUAUUUAACCUAUACAGAGUGGACAACUCUGUAUGGUGGAAAAAAAGCGGGUCCUGAAUUAGAAGGCGAGGAUUCAACAUUUCGACGAUUACCUUUUAAUCAUUGUUGUUUAAGUUUACAACCAUUUGAACAUCCUUAUUGUGAUGUAAAUGGAAAUAUUUUCGAAUUAGAAGCUCUUUUACCCUAUGUAAAACAAUAUAAACAUAAUCCUGUAACAGGAAAGGCAAUUGAUGUUAAAACAUUGACAAAAUUGAAUUUUCAUAAAAAUGCCGAAGGUCAAUAUCAUUGUCCAGUAUUGUUUAAAGUUUUUACCAAACAUUCUCACAUUGUUGCCGUUCGAAAUACAGGAAAUGUUUUUUCUCACGAGGCUGUGGAACAAUUGAAUAUAAAGACGAAAAAUUGGAAAGAUUUAUUGAAUGACGAGCCAUUUUUAAGAAAAGAUCUCAUCACUAUUCAAGAUCCAACAAAUGUGAAAAAAUUUAAUCUCUCAACAUUUCAUCAUAUUAAAAAUAAUUUGAGAGUUGAAGAUGAAGAAACAAUUAGAGAACGAAAUGAUCCUAGCGCAAAACUUAAAACAGUUUCAAAUGAAACUAAAGUUAUUUUGGCACAACUUGAAAAGGAUUAUAAAGAUAAAGCAAAAACGAGUGAAAAUAAAAAAUCUAUUGUUUCAAUGCCUGAUAAAUUUAAUGCUGCGCAUUAUUCCACUGGAGCAGUUGCAGCUGGAUUUACAUCGACGGUUAUGCCAACGGAAACUGUUCUUCAAGCGGCAAUUAUCGAGGAAGAUCAAGUGCGAUAUGAACGAGUUAAGAAAAAAGGUUACGUGAGAUUGGUUACAAAUUUUGGAUCAUUAAAUUUGGAAUUACAUUGUGAUAUUGUGGCAAAAACUUGUGAAAAUUUUAUUAAACAUUGUCAAAAUGGUUAUUAUAAUGGAACGAAAUUUCAUCGAUCAAUACGUAAUUAUAUGCUUCAAGGCGGUGAUCCAACAAAUACGGGAAAUGGAGGAAAAUCAAUUUGGGGUAAACCUUUUGAUGAUGAAUUUAAACAAAAUCUUGUUCAUCAAGGUAGAGGUAUUCUUUCAAUGGCAAAUUCUGGUACACCAGGAACAAAUGGCUCACAAUUUUUUAUCACAUAUCGCUCGUGUCGUGAUUUGGAUAAUAAGCACACGGUUUUUGGAAAAAUUGUUGGCGGUUUAGAUUGUUUGAAUGCUAUUGAAAAAAUUGAAGUUGACAAUAAAGAUAGGCCAAUUGAGGAUGUAAUAUUGUUAGUUGCCCAGGUAUUUGUUGAUCCUUAUGAAGAAGCUGAUGAAAUUUUAGCAAAAGAACGUCGUCAAGCUAUUGAGGAAGCGGAAAAAUUGGCUCAAGAAGCAAAAAGAAAUAGCAAUACAAAAGCCGAUGGUACUUUAAAGGUUUACAAAGCAGGUGUUGGAAAAUACAUUAAUAUGGAGGAAAAAAAGAAAAAAUUGGAGGAAGGAGAGACGAGCGGACUUCCAUUAAAUCGAAAGAAGAAAAAAAUUGUACAACCAAUAGAAGAAUUUUCUUCUUGGUGAUUGAAAUUUUGAAAUAUAGUUUUUAAUUACAAACAUA